GCCCCCGCACUUUUGUGCCGUACAUGUCGGUGCACACAUUUUCCUAAUAUACCACACUCUGUGAAAGAGUCGUGCUCGAGAAAUUUACACACAUUUAUGAUCGGAUGGCGAACGACGUCACUUUAGUUAGUAGUUUUCAGUACGAUCUCGAAAGUGUGCGUGCGUGAUGCGCUCUCUUCUUAAGUGGGAUUCAAGUUUUUUUUUCUAAUGUGAGAUAAGAUAUUUUGUGUAAUUUAAACAAUGAACCAAAUAUACCAAUAGUACCUCGCUUUACUGUGCUUCGUUAACUUUUAUUUGAUGGAAAAGUGUUGUGCAAGCCUAGAAAGUUAUUACAUUGUGAAUACACACUCAACAAAAAUUGUAUUGCUAGCUGAUCUUGGUUCACUUCCGGUCAACGGAAACAAUGGAUCAAGAUAAUCCAAAUUACUUUGAUGAUCAUGUGGCUAGUAGUGGGGCCAAGCCAAACAGUAAGAGUUUCUUUCUGUUUAAGAAAAGAAGCUCGGCUAGUAGAGCAACGCCGAUCAAAUCAUCAAAUCCGAUCAUAGCCCCUGCAAUGAUCAACAAACGCAGCGGCAGCUUUAAAGGACUCUUGCGUUCGAGAAGUAAUUCAAACAGCAGCACGACACCCAAAGCUGCUCAUUACAGUCGAGACUACAAUGCGCUGGAUGCUGGUAGUUUCAGUGGAAACGAUGAUGUGUUUUACUCGAAUACAAUUACACCAAAGUGCAAUGAUGCACAGAACGAUAAAGGCAACAGAGAACACAGAUGUGGCAGCGAAAUCGAGCUGAGAAGGCAUUCCAUUGGAACUUUCAUGAUGAAAGAAAAUUUUAGGUUCGGAUCAAUAUCUGAUGAGUGUCGAAAACGAAACUAUUGGCACUACGCCCCCCGGGGCAUGGCCUUCCUCUAACGUGGGAUUUCUGCUCCAGCGCGUCUGACGAGACAGGAGAAACCGGGACCGACGUUUUACUUCACCAUCCGAUAGAAGCUCAGUGGAUAAGGCGGGAAUCGAACCCGCGUCUCAUAGCAUCAUCGGGAUCGGCAGCCGAAGCCGCUACCCCUGCGCCACGAGACCCACUGAUUACAGUGUCAUCGUACCAUAUUAAGUAAAAUUUGAACUUUUUAUAUUUAUUUGCAAAUGCUACAACGUUUUUACAAUAUAUUUAAAAAAAAAAUAUCAUUUUUCUAUUGUUUUCAUAUUUUACCUAAUUCUUCAUUCCUUCCCACUUAAUCAAAUUAUUUUCUUUAUUUGAAGCGAGAACAAAUGUAGAGCUGGCUGUAGCAGAUGAAAUAAUUCUCAUGGGUUCUAGAACUUUUGCCAUGUGCGGUUGCGAAAUAGUGCAAUUCAGCAAAAAACCCCAAAAUCUGCCUUACGGUUUGAAAGAUUGAUCAUAUUAAUCCGAUUUUUAUGUUGUGAGCCAGUUUCAUCUGAAUAAUUGAUGAUUUUUUUUCAAUUCUGAUACAUUUAAUUUCAAAAACAAAACCAUAUACUUCUGCUACAUGUGGACAGCAGCUGUAUCGUCUUCCAAGAUUUCGAAAUGGUUGACAAACAAAAAAAAAGAUUAUUGUUCGGACGGUGUCGAAAUCAACACCACUGAAGUUGAUCUUAAUCAGAUAAUAAAUCAGAUUAAUCUUUGUGAUUUUCUAACAUUUUUCAGUUUUAUACUUUCCCGAAAUCCUCCUCCUUAACGAGAGUUUUAUUCAUGUUGAUUCAUCAUUUUUAACACGAUAAUGUAUCGCAAACUUUUUCUACAUUUCACUUAAAAAAGAUCAAUUGCAAUUUCAUGCUACACCCAAAAUUCAGAGUCGAGAUAAUCGUUCUCUCAAAAUUUAUUGAGGGCUCAGUGCCAAAAUCGAUAGAAUAAUGAUACCAACUCACACCAUCAUAACAAAUGAGUUCAUUCGUUAGUUGAAUCAAUAAAUCUCCAACAAGUGUCAUACAUCGACUUCUGACUUCUCCUUGGUCACCAAGCUGUGGUGGCCGAGGCAGCUAAGUCAUUGGAUUGGUUUGUCAAAGGUCUCUGGUUCGAUUCCCGUUGUCGACACUUUUGGUUUUUUGUUUGGCGGAUGAACUUUUUUUGCAAAUGAACCUCGAGAGAAUAGUUCUAUCGCCCAUCUCGAGCUGUGUUCUCUGCGUCCGUGAAUGGUACCACUAUUCUCUCGACUCGAGACCAUCAUUCUCUCGGACUAGCGCUGCCAGUUUUGGGUGUAGCACUGUUGGGAUGAAAUCUUAUUUCAAUAAAUAACCAGGUAGCAGUUAUUGAUCAGCGCGCCAGAGUGCUUCUAGCAGAUGCGGCAAAUAAACCAAAAACAGGUAAUCUCAAAUACUAAAAACAUUAAAAUUUGAUAUCUCUGGAACAUAUUCCUUUCUGUCGAUAAGUGAUUCUUAUGUAAAAUCGGACGAGGAAUACGAUGCCCUAAAUAAAUAGGGCUGUUUUGAGAUACGGCGAUUAAAAGUUUUCAAUUGCGCAAUACAGGUAGAAACAAUAUUUUAAUCUAAAUUUUGAUCACGGAAAUGGAUUUUACGUCCAAUUUCCUUCAAAAUUGAAUAUAAGACUGGCCCUCUAAGAAGUGUGGUUCCUGAGUUAUCGUCGUUUGAAGAUAGGGGUUUCGCUCGAAAAUCGCCAAAAAGUCGAUUUUUUGGGAGGGUACAAAAAUGGAGGGGGUGGUCCGAUUUGGAUGAAAUUCGGGAUUUUUGCAUGUUUUGAUAGUCUCAACAGCUCUGCCAAAUUUGAGCAGAAUCGGAGAUGGUAAUUUUCAAAUUUGCAUUUUUUCUUGCACACUUCAGGUGGAAUGACCCAUAUACAAAUGUCAUUCUAUCAGUGCUGCGAGUUGAUUUUAUUUUGGGGGAAAACCAAUUCACCGUGACUUUGGCGGAUCACGGUGAUUUCACGGGAUUCACGGUGGGGAAACUUUUUGAAUAAAAUUUUCCACCGAGUCCCGGUCACGGAAAUUUCUAGCAGAGUUGGCUCUGUUAGAAUCCUGCUAGAAUGAUUCUAGCAGGCCUGUUAGAUUUCUGUUAGAAUUUUGCUAGAACAUUCUGACAGAAUGAAAUCUGUUAGAAUCAGGGCUGUGGAGUCGGUGGAGUCGGGUCUUUUUUGGAACCUGGAGUCGGAGUCGGAGUUGGAGUCGUCAAAACUCGAACAGCUGGAGUCGGAGUCAGAGUCGGAGCCGAACAAAUCUGUUAACCUAGAGUCGGAGUCAUCUUGAAUACAACAAAAAAUAUUUUUUAUUUCAGUAUUUGCUAUAAAACAGCCUUAUUUACAAAACAUCUUAUAUUUUUAAUUGUUUUCACUAUCGCAUGCUCAUUAAAACAUGCUGAUGAAAAAAUUAGAAAAAUCGUUGAAAGUUGAAAACCAAAAGUGUCUCAUUGAUGACUACUCUACCCUACACGGAAAAAAAUUGAGUAUUUUUUUUAUUAACUUUUUUUAACAAAGACUCAAUUUCCCAAAUUACGUAAUUUUUGAUUUUCGAGAUGUUUUGAUAUAUUUUAGAGAAUAAAAAUCCGCAGCUAUAUUUUGAGCCAUAGAGAAGUAUGGUCAAAAAAUCUGCCGCCGAGUUAUGAUUUUUUUUUAAAAAUAGUGAUUUUUGAAAAAAAUCGAAAAUUUCAUUAAAAACAAAAUUUGACCUAAUUUUUUUAAUGUAAAAUUGAAUUUGCAAUCGAAAAGUACUAAACAGAUUUUUUAUAAAGAGCUCCGUUUUCAAGAUAUAGCCACCGAAAGUUAGAUUUUAGCGAAAUAUUUGCAGUCUUUCAAUUUUUAAAAAUAGUGACCAUGAGUGGCCAUUUCUAAAAAUAUUUUUUUGAAAUGUUCAGAAAUCUAUAUAUAUAAAAAAUUUCGACGGUUUUGUUCGAACGCGCAUCAGUUGAUAACGGAAAGUCGGAUCGGAGCGCUCUUUGCUGCGUUGGGUUCGUAUAAGCCCAAGGAAGGUUCUUACGCCAAAAAAAUACAACUUUGGCCACUCUGGAACCGAUUCCGGAAAAUCUGCAGAUUAUAUGGGAAAAGUUAGGUAAAAUCAAAUUUAGAUCACAGGAGGCUGAAGGAGCGAAAAAGUUAAAAACGUCAACAAACGAAAAAAAAGGCAGAACGAAGUUUGUCGGGUAAGGCUUGUUUUCUAUAAAAUUUUCUAAGAAACAUUAAAAAUUGGACCUCUGGUUGGUGAGAUACAGCGGCUUAAACUAAAAGAAACAGGAAAAUUGAAGUUUUUUAAGCAUUACCCAAAAAACCCACAAUUUUCUUAUGUCGAUAUCUCAGCAACUAAUGGUUCGAUUUUCAAUGUUAAUACAUGAAACAUUCGUAACAAAAUAUUUUCAGAAUUGCCCUCUUUCUAAGAAAGUCAAUUACUUAAAUUACUUCAAAAGUUCAACGUCACAGAUUUUUAUUUAUUCCCUGCAAAAUACAUUUUUUAUCGAUUACAAUACUUGCUACUUCUUGGGAGCAUUUUGCGAACAAUCAAUUGGUUCCACUUUGACAGUUCUGAAUUAGGUUUACGCCGACUCAAUUUGGAGGUUAAGGCUAGUAUGGAGAUCGGAAGGAAAGGGGUCAAGAAACAGCUUUACGAACAGCAGAACAAAGGAGAGGGAGCGUUUUCUUUGGGCUUUUCUUCACCCUAUCUGGCUUGCUUUCGCUGCUGCUCAUUUAAAAUUUUUCUUGACCGGUUCCUUCCGAUGUGCAUACAUCGCUUUAGGAAGGAGUGCACUGUUUACAUGGACUUAGCACAGUUCGAUACGGUCGUCGAUUUUGUUCGAGGAAAUUCGUCGACAAUCGACGAAGACCGUGUAAACAGUGCACACGAGCUGUCAAAAUCACGGCGUAAAACCUAAUUGAGGCCGCUUUGCGAACCACUAUUCAGCACCCAGAUUUGGUCCUAUUCCGUCAAAUAGCUGAUACAUAAGCUAAUUAUUGGGCAAAAAUUACGAUAGAUACUUACUUAACCUCUGGAAGUCGCUUGUUUUGGCGUUUCUUACAAGCGUCCUUUCAAAGUUUGUACAAGGUACGCGACUGCCGGUGGGUUAAGUUACUUUCUUUCUUACUUUUAUGCUAUUUAUAGCUUAAUUUCAGUUGAAUGUCAAAGUGCUGAUGAGUCCCCCUUACCAUCCCAUGCCUUGUCUUUAACAUCAAUCCCUUCCCUACUAACCCCGAGUAGGCCGCGGGUAAUCGGCUCCCCUCCCACUAACAUUUACACACAAGAUCCUCUGUAAUUAUUAAGUUUUUUGUAAUUACAAAAGCCGACUCGGUCCUAACCAGGUCCCAGUACCGAAAAGGACCUAAUAAAAAUAAUUUUAUGAAAAAAAAAAAAGUGCUGAUGAGACUGUAUUAGGUCCCAGGAAG